UGGCGAAUCCCUUUGUAGGAAGACAUCAACCAUCCGUUCCUCUCAAAUGAGUGAAAGAUAACACUAUGACAAUCAACUUACUUUACGAGAAUUGCCGUAAAACAUGGCCCAAAGCUUGGUGCGCGUUUGCAAAUAUUUGUGGGGACAUAAGCUGCUUAAUUUGGCUUUUUGUUUUGUUCCCACAAAUAUGGAAGAACAGGAAGCGUAAAUCUGUGGAAGGACUUAGCAUUCUUUGGGCCACUGCGAACUUCACAGCAUCGCUGGCAAACGUUUUCUUCGCUUUUUCUGUUGCACUGCCUGUGUAUAUCAGAAUAUUAGCGGUAUAUAUGCCCAUUUUAGAGUUUUCCAUACUACUACAGUUUUGGUGCUACUCCAAGCACACUAUGCGGAUGAAAUUAUCCUACGGCGCUGUGUGUGUUCUGAUCUGGAUUGCAGUGAUCAGUUUAGACCUUUCCGUUGCUAAUGCCGCGGAAAAAGUCCAGUGGUUGGCAAUUGUUCUUUGGUCUAUUGAGUCAUUUCCGCAGAUUAUUUUGAAUAUGCGUCGUCGCACAACAGAUGGUCAGUCCACAAUCUCUGUUGUAAUUACACUUGUUGGUAAAACAACGGAUUUCUUGGCAAAUUAUCUCCUGCUUUUGCCAGCACAAUACGUUGUCAUGACCUAUUUUUCGUGUACCAUGGCUUUUAUCAAUGGAAUACAGGUUAUCUGGUACCCCAAGCUGCAACAGAAAACAAGUGUUGUCAUGCCCACAACAUACGGCAGGCACAGGAGUCCAGACGAGGAUGCCUUCACUGUGGAAGCGAAUGACUGCGAACAAGUUCCUCCGAUGGCCGACGAGGGAAGCUCAGUGGAAGAAGUCAACAGAGAAUCUGUAGAAGAAAUGACCUCCGUUUGCACAUUUGUUGGACCGAAUUUCGAAUUUUGUGCAAGGUUGCGCGAUAUUCCGUUCUAUCAGCGGGGUUUUAUAUUUCUUCUUAUGCUGGCUCUGGUGGUUUUCAGCGUGUGCAUUUGCGUGAACACGGAGUCUGCGCUGGGAAUUUUCGCGCCAAUUUCGGUCGCAGUUGUUCUUUUUGGUGCGUUUUUGUAUCGAAAUUACCGCGAGGGCCGGUUGCAGUUCGCCAACUCUGUUUUGGCGUGGCUGGAUCGCUGCUGCGUUGAUAAACCCGUGCAGUACACGUGGCUGACACGUGAUGAUGAAUGAAGAACACUUGAAGUUUUUUUUUGUUUUUUCUGGAUGAUAGCGGUAUUUAAAAUUAGAAAUAAUCGACCUUAGCGCCCGGCGAGUU